AUGGUCUUUUGGUUCUUCAAUUCAAAGACGCGGAAGGUCAAUCGACUGCAGAAAGAAAAGGAACAGUUGAUGGAGAAUGACCAAGAAGAGGCGUGGAAAAUAGAUGAGGCUUACAUCGAUUGGAAGAAUGCAAGUCAAAAAUUGACUGCCGAUCAGUCAAGUGGAUAUCGUCUACUGGAAGAAGACGCAUACGAACGGUACAAAUGUCUCCUUCUUGCCCGGGAUAAGAAGUGUUUAAGGCUGAAACGAAUAGAGAUGGAUAUCAUGGCUCUGAGGAAGUGGGCUUAG